UGGAGCCUCCUCCUCCUCCUCCUGGUCCUGAUGCUGCUGCUGGGAUCAUCAGCCAGCUCAUACCUCCUAUAGCCGCUUCUACUCAGAGUAGUUUCUGUUUGCCUCUGGAAACUCGUCUCCUCCAUCAUAUUAAUGGGAUAAUAAUUUGAUUGAUUGGUCAUUUCCGAGGAGAAAUGCUCUUUGCUGCUUCCUGACAGAUCAGGGCUUCUUCAGAGAACUUGCAGCUGACUUGGGAAGGAUUAUUUUCUUUUGCUCCACAGCGGGGUGAGGAGGAGGACUUCUUUUAGAUUUUUAAUCUUUCUGCUCCGAGGAGGGGGGGAAGAAGGUGAUCUGGACAAGGGAGGAACAUGGAGCUGCUGUGCGGCUCUCCGGAGCGCAUCAGGCGGUUCCAGCAUCAGGAGCUUCCGGCUGCUGAUGUGCAGCUCCGCGGGCGGACCGAGCUCUUUUAGGAGAGCCGAACCGAGGAGGAUCUGAUCAAAUCCCUGCGUGGCAGUGGACGUGGAUCCCGCAGUAAGGGGGGAGGCAUCUAUGCAAUUGAAUAUUGACUUUGCAUUUUAUUAUGAGCACAGAGGGGGGAGAUGCGGGAGCGGCAUGGGGGGAGGCGAGGGGGUCUCCGACCGACAACAAACGCCACACCUGGGAGGAGAGCGACCCGCUCGGCUCCCAAGGACGUCCGCAGCCCGACGGCCAGGAGAAGCCGCAGCCAGGAGAGGAUGAGGAGGAGGAAGAGGAGGAGGAGGAGGGCCGGGCGCGUGCGGCUGACGAUGGGAAAUUCAGAGAGGACAACGGGGGGAACACUUCCAGCGAGGAGGGGGCGGUGGGGGGCAGAUCUGACAAAGCGAUACCUUCAACCUGCAGCAGCGACACAUGCAUCCCGACCCCCAGCUGCAGGAUCUGCUUCCAGGGAGCAGAACAGGGUGAUUUGUUGAACCCGUGCCGGUGUGACGGCUCGGUGCGGUACACCCAUCAGCAGUGUCUGCUGAAGUGGAUCAGCGAACGAGGCUGCUGGACCUGUGAGCUUUGCUGCUAUCGAUUCCAGGUCAUCGCCAUCAACAUGAAGAGACCAUGGCAGGUAAAGUGGCAGUCCAUCACCAUCACCCUGGUGGAGAAGGUGCAGAUCAUCGCCGUGUUCCUGGGUUCCCUCUUCUUGGUGGCCAGCAUCUCCUGGCUGCUGUGGUCGGCUCUCAGCCCGCAGGCCAUCUGGCAGCGCCGUGAUGUGCUCUUCCAGAUCUGCUACGGCAUGUACGGCUUCAUGGAUCUGGUCUGCGUAGGUUUGAUAGUCCAUGAGGGGGCAGCAGUGUAUAACGUCUUCAUGCGCUGGCGAGCAGUAAACCUCCAUUGGGAUGUUCAAAGUUAUGACAAGGCCAAAGACAUGGAGGAGACCAGCACUGCCCACUCCUCGCUGGGCCCCAGGACGCUUUGGUUGCCUCUGACUACCCUUGGGCCCGGCGGGCCCUUGCAUCCCACCCAGCUCGGGUCACGGCCGUGGACCUGCCUCUGUUUGGCCCCCUUCUGUCGUGGGCUGGUGCCUCGAAACAACCUGAGCCAGGACGCUGACUCGGGAGAGGUUGUCAUUCGUGUAACGUCAGUUUGAAGCAGAGUAAACACCUUGGAUCCAUCACACUCUUGGAAUCUGGAGGCUCAUACAUUCAAACUUCGUUGCCACCGUUCUGGUUGCUUCAUGUGCUUCAGAUAAGUUGGGGUGUUUCUUCUCUCUGGGGCUGGUCCCCAAACCAAUCUCUAUAAGGUAUUGCUCUUCCAUCUUUACGUUACAGCAGCUGUUUCAAGACAUAAAGAUGGAUGUUCAAGAACACAAUGUUGGCACUGUGGCUGAGUCUGUUUCAUCCAUCAUAAACAGUUGAAAUCGUAGCGUAUAUAAGGUCAGACUAUUCUGUUAUGAUUGCUUACUCCAGAACUUGGGGCUCAUUUAAUCCUUUAGAUUCUAGAUCAGGAAGGUUUGAUAAUAGGUUAUUUCAGUCUAGUCGAAGCAGUUUAGGUAACUUUCUCUUUGAGAUCUGUCACCUUUUAUGGUCUGAACUUAGGAACUCCUUGAUGUUUUCAGUAGAGGCAGCCAAGCAGCUUCUAAAGGUCCAAAUUCAGAAAACUUCUAAUCUAGGGUUGUUACUGUCUUUAGUGCCAAGACGUUUUGUUACUGAGGAAUUUGUCAGGAUGUAUUCAGACUUUAAGCACUGUGAACUAAAGAAGUAGACCGUCACUACAGGCCAGAAACAUUAUUUGAGCUGCUGUCAGUCAUCUUUAAGAAAAUAACCCCCUCCUUCAGUUCUUAGAUUUUAAUUAUCAGGACGUAAUGAAAACAUUACUUCAGCUAAUUUAGCUUUUGCAGGUGUUUCUACUCAUCUAAAGGCUAGGACAUAAUAAAAACUGGAUGUCUGCUGUUUGGGAUUAUUGUUGAUUAACCAGUUUGAGUUAAGCUUCAACUGUCAGACAUAAGACUCCUGAAUACUUUGUUAAUCAAAGCAGGUCAUAGUUGACUCAAUGAAUACAAAGCAUGCAGUUCCCAUGGCUGCAAUGCAACCCCAGGUGUUCAUCCCUCCACCAGUAGUUGCUUGCACUGAUAUUCUAUAGUAUGGUUUUCUCCAACCACAUCAUUGUGGCUGAGCUGUCUGGGUCUCAUCCAUAGAAUGUUGUUCCAGAAGUAAUUUUCUUCAUGCAGACCCAGCCAUGUUCUCUAAAGAGAAAUUAAACCCUUUUUAUUUUUUUCCCCAGCCUCUUCCAAAUCAAGCCACUUUUGACCUGUCCUGUUAUGAACUUUUACAUUUAGCAUGCUGAGGGCUGUAGAGUUGAAGAUUGGAGAGUGUUGCAUUGCUUCCACCACUGAAAAGAUUAGCAUUUGCCUUAAAUGUUUUAUCCACUGGAUACUGUCUCCCUAUAGUACAUUCAUAACCCUUUAAAGAUUUAUAAGCAGCAUUAGUUGCUGGUCAUAAGGUUGCACCUGCAGUGAUGAUGUCUUUAGGUCUUGGUGUGGUGUUAACCCACAUCUCAGUGCUGAUGACCCCUAUUCUGUUGUGCAUUAUUUUACACUUUAUAUUACCCAAUAAACAUCCAGUUUUUUUAAUUAUGUCCUGAUACAGAAAAUCUAAUGAUUGAAAGAUAAUUAAUGUUCUUUUCAUCAUAACUGUAGCUCUGUCUCUUCUGUCUGUCUAAUAACUGGACUCUUAUCUGAACCCAGUUUAAUACUGAUUGAGACAAUAUCAAUGUGGAAGCAAAGUUAAGUAACAGAUCUUAACUCUAACCCUUUUUUAUUUCAUUAUUUUAAAGCAUAAAACAUUUUCUUCUUCUUCUUUUUUUUUUUUUAUCAAGAAUGUAUUUUAUUAUCCCUAAAUUGAAAUUAACAGAGCAGUAAUGCAAAUAACCACUAGAGGCUCGAGGUGUUUAGUUUGAACAGGGUCAGCGUGUUGCAGAAAUGUUUGUCCAGUACAAAAUGUUGAUGCUUCCACCUUUAUAUUCCUGUCCAAAUAUGAUCCCCUUUUGAUUUUCUAUGAAUAUUAAGCAACUUUUUAUUAUUUUAAAGUCUCAGUAAAUUAGAUCUUAUCUCAUUAGUUCCAAUAAACACUUCCCAGUCAGUGAGCAAAGAUGAGUGUUUAUACUCUAACUAGUUAGAAAGCUAAGCAGGUCUAUUAAAUCAUAUCAAUGUUUUACAUAGAUAUAAAACAGAAGCCAACAUGGUUUCUAAUGAGCACAACCUGACAUCUGAAUGGUACAGAUUUCAAUUGAUGAUGCAGCAGGUUUUUGUUCAUUUUCUGGAAUACGCUGCUAUAAGCAACAUUCAUUUAACAUGAAAGUGUUUUGCUGUGACAAAGAAUUUAACCACACUUUACUAAGACGUUUAUGAUCAAUGCUCUGUUGAGCUUCCAAGGAUUGGAUGGAUUUUAAAGAUUUUUUUGGUUAAUUUGGUGCCUUAAGAGGCUUAAUAUCAACGUCUCAUUGUGCAGCACAAAUAUGACUUGAAUGUGACUGUAUGU